AUGAAUAAGAAACAAAAAAGAUCUGAUGAGCCUAAAUUGGAUUUGUCUCUUGAAACUCCAAAUGAAUAUGAAUCAGUUAAUAGGAUUCCAACCUUAGAAGAAGCUAUGAAUUUUGAACUGAAGCAUGAUCAAAUAGACCCCAAUGUGGACUUGAGGAAGUUGAGAAGAAGGAUGUCAAAUCGAUUCUCUGCACAAAGGAGCAGAAUGAAGAGGGUUGAAUACAAAACUGAAUUGGAAAAAGAGGUCAAAUAUCUUCAGGAUAUGAUUGCUUUGAUGAGACCAAAACUAGAAAAUGCCAAAGACAAUAAAAAGAAGUUGCAGCUGGAGAAUGAAUUAUUGAAAGAAAAAUUGGAUAGCAUCACUGUCAAAUCUAAUUUUCUCACCGUACAGACUGAACAGUUGAAAGUUGAGUUGAAGAGGUUUAAAGAACUUGCAAUGAAUCAGGAAGCUGACGAGCAUAUGGAGAUUGAGGGACAAAGCUCCAACACUUAUGAUCAUGAUGACUCAGAAUCAGCUGCAGAUAUAGACGUGGAUCAGUAUCUCAACCUAGACACCAUCAACUUUUUUCCAUCAAAGAAUGACGACACGUGA